AACUUUCUUAUGUAGAUCUAUAUAUACAUGCAGUGUAUAGACUUUCCAAAAAAAAAAAACUUUCACAACUGAGUCCAGUGGAGCCUUAAUGCAAGAGAAGACCAUUUGGUAAUCUGGAAUCAUUUGGCUUGAUACUUCUCUGGAUCAUAUCUAGUACUAGCUUUUAAUAAACCUCCACAUCAAGUGAUUCUUAAAGCAGAAUCCAAUGAGCAAUGCAAGGGUUUUAUCAUUCUCCAUCACAAUAUCUGUGGUUGCUUUCGUAAUCUCCAAAAUAAUCAUAGCAGUCCUCCUCUACCGGCGGUGGCAGAGAAAACACAUGGUUAUUCAAGAUAGUUUCUCCGGAGGGAAGCUGGUCAUGUUUAGAUCACCAAAGAUGAAAUCUCUAAAGCACAAUACAUUCUUGAAGAAGACCAUGAAACUGAGCAACAAGGACAUUAUAGGGUCUGGAGGCUACGGUACCGUAUAUAAGAUGACGAUAAACGACUCCAUUGCCUUUGCGGUGAAGAGACUCAACAGGGGGAGUGCAGAGAGAGAUCAAGGUUUCGAGAGAGAGUUGGAGGCGAUGGGAGACAUAAAGCAUCGGAAUAUUGUUACUCUUCAUGGAUACUACACUGCCCCUCACUAUAAUCUACUUAUCUAUGAGCUCAUGCCGAAUGGAAGUUUAGCUCAAUUGCUCCAUGGUUUAGUUCUUUCCUCUGAAAGCUGUUGGGAUCUUAUUUCUGAGGGAGAGAAUGAUGCAGGCAGUUCAACGGAGAAGAAGGUACUGGAUUGGCCAUCAAGAUACAAAGUAGCAGUCGGGGUCGCAAGGGGAAUAUCAUAUCUUCACCAUGAUUGCAUCCCUCACAUAAUCCACAGAGAUAUAAAGUCGAGCAACAUACUUCUGGAUAAGGACAUGGAGGCUCGUGUGUCUGAUUUUGGAUUAGCUACGCUCAUGGAUCCAGAUAAGACUCAUGUUUCAACCCUAAUAGCUGGAACAUUUGGCUACUUGGCUCCCGAAUAUUUUGAUACAGGAAAAGCUACAGCAAAGGGGGAUGUUUACAGCUUCGGUGUUGUUUUGCUUGAACUACUCACGGGGAAGAAACCAACAGAUGAAGCAUUUAUUGAAGAAGGAACAAAGCUUGUGUCCUGGGUAAAGGCCGUAGUUCAACAGAACAGGGAAGAGCUUGUUCUUGAUAGUAGCUUAGAUUGUUGUCCGACCAAUGAAAUAAAUCAUGUAUUCAACAUUGCGUUGAUGUGCCUUGAGCCAGAGCCAUCCAAAAGACCUACCAUGGCUGAGACAGUUAAGUUGCUUGAGCAGAUAACAUCAGAGAAAUUUGUAACAGAUACUUGAUCUUUGCUAUAUGACUCCCAUUUUCCGAUCAAAA